AUGAUUUCGUAUGAAUUACAGCAAAAAUCUGAUGUAAAUGCAAGUAAGAAUGUAAGUAUCAAUGGACGUCAAUAUAUUUUUGAUUUUCCUUGUGAUGAUACAUCAAUUUGCACAGACUAUGUUGUUAGAUUACCACGAGGCACAUACAAAUUUGAAUUGUAUGGUGCAAGUGGCGGUAGUGCAAGAGGGAAAGUUUCAUCAUAUAGAUAUGAAAACAAAAGUUGUAUUUCAGAAGAAACUGUAAGACUCAUGCAUGGUAACACUGAAUGCAUUCAGCAAGAUAGUAUCGGCGGUGCUGGUGGAUAUUUAUCAGGUACUAUCACUCUUAAGCAUCCUACCCUGUCGUAUUUUACCAUCGGUGGUAAAGGUGUCUUCGGCUACAAACCAGGUUAUAUGACUGAAGAAGAAAAUUUCCAGAAAGAAAAUAUGCAACCAGGUGGGUAUGGUGGUGGAGGAAGUUCUUCCAAUUAUUUUAGAGGAACAGGGAGUGGAGGCGGCCAAACCACUGUCAAAUUUAUUGAGAAUGAUCUUUGGCAUCGCGUUCUUGUGAGCGGUGCUGGUGGUGGAUGUGAUGAUAACUAUCCAGAUGAUGGAAGUGGUGGCGCAGGUGGAAAUCUUGUUGCACAAGGUUGGUUCUUUAACGGAAAUUAUGUCGAAAAUUAUUUGGCAAAUUCCACAUUCGGGUUUUCAUUUGGUCAAGGAGAAGCUGCUCGUUAUGGAAGUACUAAACAUCCUCAUGCUGUACCUACAAGCACUAAUACAGAUAUUGGAGGUGCAGGUGGAGGAUGGUUUGGAGGAUUUUCUUCUCAGUCUGGAUCGGGAGGUGCAGGCGGUGGUUCUUCAUUUGCAUUGACAAAAGAUGCUAUUAUUCCUCAAGGAAAUAUUUCUGCUUAUGAUGAGUUUUAUAAUUUAAUUGAUUCUAAACCGUAUUCAUUUAAUUUAAACUCAGAAUUCCUCUUCAAAGAUGUUAUUCAUAUCCCUGGUAUUUGGGAAGGCAACGGACGACUUAUUAUUACAAUUCUUGACUCAAAAUUAUUUAUAUCUUGUAAUAUCAUUUCUCCAAUCUACUUCAAUCCAACAUUAAUAUUUGGAUUGAUUGAAUCAUAA